AUGGCGACCCCAGGCCUGGGGCUGCUCUUGGUGUUUGGCCUGCUGAUGGUCCCCGCUGGCUUGAGCCAAGCAAUACUGGACCCUUUCACAACAGACCCUUUCACAAAUAACUCGACUCUAACCCCAGACUCCAGUUCCAAUGGGGGCACCUACCAGCCCAGCAGUGAGAAGCGGUUUUCCCACUCAGCAGCUGAGGCCCUGGCCCCCCAGGACUCCAAGGAGCCAGUGCAGGGUUGCCUGCCCAUCUAG